GGCGCACUCACUUGCAUGGAAACUCCCUCCGAUAACGACACUUCGUGUGUUUCUUCAACACAACUCCCCUUCUCCUCCUUCUUCCCUUCCUUCUCUUUUUCUUCGUCAACCCCGAACACGUCUCUCUCUCUCUCUCUCUCUGUUCGCGAGCUGAUCAAAGCCAACGCUCCACCGCGCGCCUUCUUCUCCUCCUCCUCCUCCGGUGCGUCCGUCGCCGGUCGACGACUUGCAGGGUUUCCGUAUAAUUCACUAGAAAGAAGCUGCAGAAUGCCGUGGAAAAUGGGACUUACCAGCUCUAAAGUGGAAGAAGAUAAAGCCCUGCAGCUUUGUCGGGAGAGGAAAAAGUUCGUUAGGCAAGCCGUUGAUGGUUGGGGCUCCCUUGUGUAUGCACAUGUCACAUAUGUGCAGUCAUUAAGGAACGUAGGGACAGCUCUCGCAAAGUUCUUUGAAACAGAAGCUCCAAAGGAGUCUCCCUUGUAUACCUCAACUAGUGCAACACCCAGGCCACCUGCAUUAACUGAGAAGUCCAUUUUCGAAUUUUCAUUUUCGCCUCCCCCAGGGUCACACCGUUCCCAUGGUAAGGGAGCUCUUUCUCCAUCUGCAUCGCCUGCUUCCUCUUCUACAAGAAUUGAAGAAACGCUUGCUCCGCCUGCUACCCAGACGGUGACUUCAUCUUGUACUCCAGAAAAUGUUCCACAUUCCUCAAAAAAACCAGAAACCUCACCAUUGAAGAAUCCUGCUGUCCCUCCUGGAACUCCGUUGUGGGAUUACUUUGGUCACUCCCAUCCAAUCGACCAUCAGUUUUCAUUCCUUGAAGGGAAGGGAGUGAGGCAAGGAUCUGAGAAUUCUGAUAAUGUAAGAAAACUCAUGGAUGAAAAGGAAGUUUCUGAACCAGAAUAUGAUGAGGAGAAGGAUUCUUUUUCUAGCGCUGAAGGAUCUCUGGAUUCUGAAGAUGAGUUCAGCGUGGGUUCCGUUGAUACUCCAGUUGGCAGAUCCGAGAAUUCUAACAGGGUGAAUGAUGAGGGUAAGCCUAGUUUAUCACCGACAAGAGCUUCGGGAAUGAAUUCCUUGAAAGAAGAAAAGGGCUACUCCCCUGAUUUAUCACCCUUGAGGAAGACAUCUCCUGUGGCUGAUCUGGAAGCUGAAGCAGAGGAAAUAUCUUUCGAAGAAGAUUCUAGUGGAGCUAAGUUUCAUCCAAAGGAUUUCAUUUCAAGCAUCAAAGAUAUUGAAUGUCUUUUCCUAAAAGCUUCAGAGUUCGGAAAAGAAGUUCCACGGAUGCUAGAAGCUAACAAACUGAACAUUCAACUAGCAUACCCAAGGAAAGAGGAGAAAGGUGUACCAAUUGUGCUAAAGUAUCUUCGAGCUUGUUUCUCUUGUGGGGAAGACUAUCAGCAAGUUCAAGAGUCUGCUCAAACUGCGGUAAAGUAUUUAACUUGGAACAGAACUGCUUCUCCUCGUUCCCUUUCUUCUUGGAAUCCUCCGAGGCUGAAUCCAAAGGAUGAAAUAGAGGAGCUCGGUGAUAAUCUCUCUGAUUUUUGCAUGAUUUCGGGCAGUCAUGCUUCUACACUGGAUCGCCUAUAUGCAUGGGAGAGAAAGCUUUAUGAUGAAGUCAAGGCGAGCGGGAUAAUUAGGAGGAAGUAUGACUUGAUGUGCAAACUUCUAACAGAACUUGAAUCAAAGGACGCACAAAGAUCUAGAAUUGAUAAGACCCGUGCGGAAAUCAAAGAUUUGCACUCAAGAAUCAGAGUUGCGAUUCAGAGGAUUGAUUCGAUUUCAAAGAGCAUUGAGGAAUUAAGGGACAAAGAGCUGCAACCACAACUCGAAGAGUUGAUUGAAGGGUUAAAUAGGAUGUGGGAAUUAAUGUUCGAGUGCCACAGACUUCAGUUUGCCAUAAUCUCAGUGGCAUACAACAACUGCAACGCCAAGAUUACCAUACAGUGGCAGAAGACGGUCUAUCUCCAAAAUGAGCUGGGCUCUCUCUCUUCGAGUUUUAUGAAGUGGAUUGCUGCCCAGAAAUUCUACGUGCAUGCAAUAAACAACUGGCUUUAUAAAUGCGUCUCAAUUCAUCAAAAGACUUCAAAACGAAAGAGAAGGGCACAACCCCCAUCAAUAAGGGACUUGGGCCCCCCAAUAUAUGUAACAUGCGGUGUCUGGUUGGAGAUGCUUGAUUCCUUGCAUACCAAGGAAGUUACAGAUUCCAUCAGGGGUUUAGCAGCUGAGGUUUCUAGCUUUUUACCACGCGAAGAAAAAAGCCAGAAAAAGAUUGGAAAAUGGCUGCAUCCAUCAUCCUCAAAUGCUGACAAUGCGUGCGACCCGGCUCUUGAUAAACUAUUGAGCAACGAAGCUCCGGAGGAAUGGACUUCACACUUUGAUCGUUUCCAAUCAAGAUUGAUGGACGUUCUCUGUCAGUUGGAUAAUUAUGCAGAGUCGUCCGUGAAAAAGUACGCAGAACUGGAGAAGGCCAUCCGGGAUGCAAAAGUCAACUAUGAGCACUUGAAGUCCCAAUGACAGGUUCAGGUUCAGGUACAGAUUCUUUGUAUAUAGGUUCAGAAAUUGUAAAAUUUCAUUCCGAAAAUCUUUUAGACAGUUUAGGAUAAUGAGUAGGGUUUUACAUUUACUAGAAGAGGAACCAUAUCAGAGAUGAAGAAAACCAUAUAUUAGUCUUCAUUCUUUAGCUUUCUCGAGCAUUUGUGAUGAUUUGGCACAAAGAUGAAUUUGGUCAAUGUGCAUGUUUUCCAAAGUGGGUGUACAUAUCAGUUCCAAGUUGCUUGUGGAAGUAGGUAUGGAUUAUGUAGGGGUAGAGAGGUACACUAGCCAGUGAAGGAAUGGUCGCUUAUAUAAGCGCAUCUAGUUGCACUGUACUGGAACGGUUCUGUACAAUAUUGAUCAAUAAUUAAGGGUUACAAUGCGUCGGUGUUUGUUUUCUUCUGCA